AUGGAUCAAAACGACCCAUACUACCAACAAAACUCGCCAACCCGCCAAAGGUACCGGCAUGGCUCUCCUACCCGUAAUUAUGUUCCACUCGACUCUUCGACCCUCCCGCAUCCCAUUGUGUCUCCAGCACUCCCAUCACCAUCCAGAGCUGCCUAUAACUCGCGUCAAUCCUACCAUCUCGAUGAACUCACAAACUCAAACCUAGGCGGAUACCAAUCGGAAAUCCCAGAUUUGCCACAAAUCCCUCCUAUUGGAAUGCCUGCUCAAACUUAUACCCCAUCCCACUCACCUACCCGAGCCGGAGCAGUCUCUCCAUCCAGAUCACCUACAAGAUCACCUACUCGGUCCAUGAACAACAUGGUCCACGGUUCACCCAAACGUCGUGGCGCAGAAACAACCCCUAGGGCCCUUUGGACACGCCUGGAGUCCCCCGCACGAACUGCAGACAAUACUCCCAUUGUGAUUGACGAUGAUGAUGACGACAAUGACAAUAAUUAUGCCAAUGACGACGAGCUCGAAAUCAUUUACGAACAAGAUGGAAACCCGCGACAUUCUACCAUGGACUCAUAUGGUAUCGCCAACACAGGAAAUGCAAUGCAUCGCGCCACAGAUUCAAACGCAACAGCCUUUGCAGAUGCACCUCUAUUGCCUCCGCCAAACCUUGCCGAUGAUGGAUACUCAUACUUGGAAAACGAUGAAUCUCAAAAUACUUACGCAGACCCAACCAUUGAGCAAACGCCCCAGUCUACAGAACUUCGCUCUGCCCCGUCCUCGGAAACUUUGUCUAGUAACGCGUUCGAGGUCCCCGUUAAGGCCCAGCCUCGUCGUAACAAGUCUAUGGCGCGUCGUGAGGUCAAACUGGUACGCGGUAACCUUGUUUUGGACUGCCCAGUUCCUACUAAACUCUACUCGUUUUUACCUCGCCGUGAUCACGACGAGUUUGUGUAUAUGCGCUACUCAGCCGUCACCACAGACCCAAAUGACUUUGUCGAGGGUGGUUUCAAUCUGCGGCCUGCCAUUUACGAGCGUGAGACUCAGUUGUGCAUCUGCAUUACCAUGUACAAUGAGGACGAAACUCAUUUCACCCGAACCAUGCAUUCGGUCAUGAAAAACAUUGGCCAUUUAGUAUCUCGAAAGAAUUCACCACGUCAUUGGGGCAAGGAUUCAUGGAAAAAGGUUGUUGUUUGCAUUGUGGCCGAUGGUCGCUCAAAGGUAUCUCCUGGAGUUUUGAAUGUUCUAUCUGCAAUGGGUGUUUUCCAAGAAGGAAUUGCCAAAAACUACGUCAAUGGUAAGGAGGUCCAGGCCCAUAUUUUCGAGUAUACAACCCAGGUCUCGCUUGACCCAGACCUUACAUUUCAGGGCGCUGAAAAGGGCAUUGUGCCUGUCCAAGUCAUGUUUUGUCUCAAGGAAAAAAAUGCUAAAAAAAUUAACUCCCACCGCUGGCUAUUUAACGCCUUUUGCCCUGUUCUGAACCCUGCUGUUUGCGUUCUUCUUGACGUUGGUACAAAACCCGGGCCCACAUCGAUCUACAAUCUUUGGAAAGCUUUCGACUCUGACUCAAACAUUGGUGGCGCGUGCGGCGAGAUCCGGGCCAUGACAGGACCUCAAGGUAGACACUUGCUUAACCCGCUUGUGGCUGCACAAAACUUUGAGUACAAAAUGUCAAACAUUCUUGACAAACCUUUAGAAAGUGCAUUUGGCUACAUUACAGUAUUGCCCGGUGCCCUUUCGGCCUACCGCUACAUUGCUCUCAAAAAUGGGCCUGACGGCAAGGGCCCACUCGCACAGUAUUUCAAAGGUGAGUUUUUGCACGGCUCCGAGGCUGACGUUUUCACAUCAAACAUGUAUCUGGCCGAAGACCGCAUCUUGUGUUGGGAACUUGUAGCAAAACGCGGCGAAAAAUGGCUGCUCAAGUAUGUGCGCUCGGCAAAUGGCGAAACAGAUGUCCCCGACGAUGUCCCGGAGUUUAUCAGUCAGCGCCGGCGCUGGCUCAACGGCGCUUUGUUUGCAGCUGUUUAUGCACAAACCCAUUUCACGCAAAUCUGGCAAACAGAUCACUCUUUGUUUAGAAAGAUCCUGCUCCACAUUGAGUUUGCUUACCAGUUCCUGCAACUUCUCUUUACAUUUUUUUCUGUUGCAAACUUCUAUCUCGCCUUUUACUUUGUUGCUGGGUCCUUGUCAUCUUCCAACGACGGCCUCAUCCCAAGUCGUGCAGGCUUUUACCUCUUUCUGCUUUUCAAGUAUAUCUUCCUGUGCACACUUGCCGCCCAGUUCAUCAUCUCUCUGGGAAAUAGACCUCAAGGUUCACGCCACUGGUUUUAUGCUAGUUUUAUUCUCCUCGGCAUUGUUGGUCUGUACGCCAUUGCCUGCGGUUUGUACUUUGUUGCACGCACCGUUCAGCAGCAUGGCAAUGCGGAUCUUGGAAAUAACGCUUUCACCAAUAUCCUUGUGUCGAUGAUUUCCACCUACGGUCUCUAUGUCGUCAUGUCGGUUCUUUAUCUGGACCCAUGGCACAUCAUCACCUCGUCCAUCCAGUACUUUUUGUUGCUUCCUGGAUAUACAAUUACCCUACAAAUCUAUGCCCUGUGCAAUACCCACGAUGUCACUUGGGGUACCAAGGGCGACAAUGAACAAAAAAUGGACUUGGGUAGCGCCGUUGUCAAGGCCGAAUCAGGCAACGAUAUUGUGGAAAUGGACAUGCCAGCGGAACAGUUUGACAUUGAUCAGCUUUAUGAGGAAGCCCUGAGCUCGCUACGCGACCGCAAAAUGACCCCGGAGGCCCCACCGGCCGUCAACAAAAAGACCAUGGUCGAGGACUACUACCGAGAAUUCCGAACCCGUGUCGUGCUCUUUUGGAUGAUUGCAAACAUGAUUCUAGCUUUGCUCAUGAUGCAGGUCUUUAGCCUCGAUAAUACUAAUGGCAACGUCUACCUCAAAAUCAUUCUAUGGAGUGUCGCUGCUCUCGCAGGCUUCCGAGCCUUGGGCUCGCUGGCGUAUCUUGUACAGAUCACUGUCAAGUACCUGUACCGGUCGCGCGACCGUACGUUCCGUAGAAACAAUCUUACGGGCAAGUAA